GUCACGUGACGUACAGUGCGUUUCAUAAAUACCAGAGCCGCGAUCCAACAUCAAAAUGAUCUGGGCGAUGAACUGAGCGUUUACUACAAGAACAAAAAGUUCUUAUCAUGCUUCUCUCAUGGGUGGCGGCGGUGCUCACGGGAAUCUUCUCGGUGCACAUCGCCCAGCGCCUGUAUUUUCCCUACUUCUGGAAAGACCUCUUCUUCUUGUUGAAAGUGAUCCGGUUCGGAGUUCGCCUGGAGCGCUACAAGAUGACGAAGAUCGUCACCGUGAUGGAUCGUUUCGUUCAGCAGGCGCAGCGGAUCCCCGACAAGCCCUUCUUGAUCUUUGAAGGCUGCACGUACACGUACAGGGAGAUAGACGACCGGAGUAACCGUGUGGCGCGCGCGCUGCAGCGCUACAGCACCGUGAAGAGCGGCGACACUGUAGCGCUGCUCAUGAGUAACGAACCCGACUUCCUCUGCGUGUGGUUCGGUCUGACCAAGCUGGGGUGUGCGGUAGCCUUUCUCAACACUAACAUCAAAUCCAGGUCCCUGUUGCACUGUUUCAACUCGUGCGGGGCAAAACUGCUGGUGGUCGGGGCGGACCUGUUGGACACCUUGAAGGACGUCCUGCCUAAUCUACAGGAGGACAAUAUCUCCGUGUGGGCAAUGAAGCAGGAGGUCUCCCAUCCAGGUGUCCAUUGCCUGUUGGACAAGCUUGAGCAGGCCUCAUGUGAGCCAGUGCCUGCUGAGCUCAGAGCAGCCACCUCUAUUAAAGAUUCUAUACUUUAUAUCUUCACUUCAGGAACCACAGGGUUACCCAAGGCUGCUGUGAUCACUCACCUGCAAUCUCUCAAGGCCUCGUCUGGGUUCUGGAUAUACGGCGGUACUGCAGAGGAUGUGAUUUACACCCCACUGCCUCUCUACCACAGCGCAGCCUCUCUCGUAGGCAUCUGCGGCACUAUAGAGCUGGGUGCAACUUGUGUUUUGAGGAAGAAAUUUUCAGCUUCACAAUUUUGGAACGACUGCCGAAAGUACAACGUUACCAUCUUCCAGUAUAUCGGGGAGCUGUGCCGCUACCUGUGCAAUCAACCCCAGGCAGAGAACGAGAAGAAUCAUAAAGUGCACAUGGGUGUGGGAAACGGCCUUCGCCAGGACGUAUGGAAAGAAUUCCACAGUCGUUUUGGAGAGAUCCUCAUGUGUGAGCUGUACGGCUCCACCGAGGGGAACCUCUGCUUCAUGAACCAUAUCGGCAAGAUUGGAGCAGUCGGUCGCUCCAACUUCUUCUACAAGCUCCUGUUUAAGUACGACUUGGUGAAAUACGACAUGGCCAAAGAUGAACCUGUGAGAGACGAACACGGUUUCUGUCAGCGGGUUAAUAAAGGUGAGAUGGGUUUGCUGUUGUCCAAAAUCAAUUCCCAGAGUCCAUUCUUUGGCUACGCUGGGAGCAAACAGCUAACCGAGAAAAAACUCAUGAGGGAUGUGUUUAAGAAAGGAGACAUCUAUUUCAACACGGGUGACCUUAUGGCCGAGGACCUGGACAGUUUCAUCAGCUUCAAGGAUCGUGUGGGUGACACUUUCAGGUGGAAGGGUGAAAACGUGGCCACCACUGAGGUGGCAGAGGUUCUUGGACUGCUGGACUUUAUCCAGGAAGUCAAUGUGUAUGGUGUGGAGGUUCCAGGCCAUGAGGGUCGAGCUGGCAUGGCUUCACUCAUUAUUAGACCUGAGUGCAUGUUCGAUGGAAAGCAGCUGUUUGAGAACGUCACAACUCACCUACCAGCCUACGCUCGCCCUUUCUUCAUCCGAAUACAGGAGUCUAUGGAGAUGACCGGCACAUUCAAGCAGCUGAAGUUCUGUCUGGUGAAGAGUGGCUUCAACCCUGCCACCGUCUCUGACCCGCUCUACUUCUUAGACUACACAGAAAAAUGCUUCAUUCCCCUCACAGACUCCAUCUAUAACAGCAUAGUAUCGGGUCAGCGAAAGCUCUAGACCGUAAUCGGCUCAAGGCUCUGUUAUACUGACAAAUCUAAAGGACAUGCCAUUCUAAAAGGAAGAUCCCGAGUGCGCCCAACUCUUUUGUAGUGUUGUAUAUUUGAUUGGGCCUGAGAGCAAUCCUGAAUGACUCCAUGUUGAAUAAUGCAUAGUUUCUUCCUUUGUGAACAUUUCACGGAGACAGUAUCGGUUAAUAAUGAAUUAGUUUUAAUGACUUGAGUGGCCUUUUGCAGCGAGCGAGGAGAGCGAUUGCUGCGAUGGAGCUGAAUGAGAGGCCGGAUUCUCACCAGUGCACACCUGGUAUCGGGUUCUGGUGUCUCCUGGGUCUGUCUGGCACAGUUUAAAAUGCCAGGUGGCUCCUAGCCUUAACGUCCCUACUUCAUCCUUCUUUGUCAUCUCCUCGGCUCUCUCUGCUCUCCUGCGUUCCCUUUGUGUUUGUGGAGAUCGGUUUGGGAAAUGAACAUGACCGCUAUCGUCACCAUGAAAUUAUAUUUCACUUUCAGAUUGUAAAACAUUACGAUAUUUAUAGCUGCAUUCUGUAAUUACAUACCUCUGGAGAGAUACAUGAUAUGGACAAAUGUUUAUGAUCGGAAGCUCUGCCUGUCAGAUGCAUCAAGAUCCAAGAUCAUGAGCAGAUUUCUUUAAAAUUUCAUCUUUUGUAAUAAUUUAAUACGGGCCAUUUCGAGCUCUUUUUGUGAAAAUCUUUAGGACAACAUGUCUUUAAUGCUUCUUCCAGUUGUUUCACAAAUGUUCAGUUUACAUUUUGGCUAUACUGAAGUGCAGACAUGGAAAUGAAAUAUUACCUAUGGUGGAAAAAAUGUUUUUACCAGUCUCAAGUGGCUAGUGGCUGCUGUGAACACAUGGGAAGGAAUUUUAGCUACUAAAGCCAUAGACAUAUAGAUAGAGUUAUAGAUAUUUAGAUUUCCAGUUGUUAUUUUGCGCACUAAGGACCUGAAUAAUGUUUCUGUUAUUGCUGCCUUUGCUCUGUGCCUUCGCUCUGUGCCACUUGAAAUUAAACUUGGUAGAGUGGGUAUUAGAGUUAAAUUGAAUAGUGCUUUCUCUAGCUACCUCUACCCAGCUUAGAGAGCUGCUCCAAAAGCCAAAGAAGGAAUAAAUAAGGUAUUUUGGCAUGCACAGUGUCUGCAAAUGAAUAAACAGAUACAGCUGCGUAGCAAGACGCAGUUAUAAGUCCAAUCUUGUAAAUUCUUUCCAUGGUCUAUAGUACCAUGCAUUGGUUUUCACCCCCACAAACUUUUCCACAUUUUGUAGUGCUGUAAUGUGGAACUGAAAUUGACUUAAAUGGGAUUUUAUAAAAACACAUCUGGUUCAAGUCUGGAAAGGUGGAAAGGUGUUAGGUGAGUUAGGGUUUGAUUAUUUUUAAAAAAAAUCCCAAAUUUUCAAUAUCCCCCUCAUUCAAUUUAUAAUCAAAAAUUGACAGAAUACACAAUAUUGCCAAAAGUUUUGGGACACCCCUCCAAAUCCCCUUAGUUCCAGUGAAAGAAACUCUUAAUGCUUCAGCUUCAUACCAAGACAUUUUGGACAAUUUCAUGCUCCCAACUUUUGGGAACAGUUUGGGGAUGACCCCUUCCGUGCCUUUACAUGCACAUGAAUGUAAUAUGGAGUUGUCCUGCCCUUUGCGGCUAUAACAGCUUCAACUCUUCUGGGAAGGCUUUCCACAAGGUUUAGGAGUGUGUUUAUGGGAAUUUUUGACCAUUCCUCUAGAAGAGCAUUUGUGAGGUCAGGCACUGAUGUUGGACGAGAAGGUCUGGUUCCCAGUCUCCGCUCUAAUUCAUCCCAAAGGUGUUCUAUGGGGUUGAGGUGCAGGCCAGUCAAGUUCCUCCACACCAAACUUCCAUGUCUUUAUGGACCUUGCUUUGGUCACUGGUGUGCAGUCAUGUUGGAACAGGAAGAGGUCAUCCCCAAACUGUUCCCACAAAGUUGGGAGCAUGAAAUUGUCCAAAAUGUCUUGGUAUGUCACAAAAGAUCUGUGAAAAGAGGAAUGUAAACUUGUGUUAUUAUUUGGAGCAGCAUGUAAAAGGAAACACAAUCAGGGAAGUUGGGCGAGUUAAAUAUGCAGGGGAUCUUUCACAAGACGAAAUCUUUUCCAGUCAGUAAUGGAGCUGUGAAUGAAGUCAGCGUAACUACAUAUUAAGGAAGACAUUGUGUCACUGAUAUUGAAAUUUCAAAGUAAUGAAAGUAAUAUCAUAUACAAUACUCUAUAUGUAGGUCAUUUGUGUAUCCACAUAUAUCUAUAAAUGUGCCUUAUAUGUAUUAAUGCAGAGAGAAUGUUUAUUGUGUGCCGACUGAGAGUGCCUACACCAAGACCUUCUGUUUGUAACUGCCUUUUUAUUCUUUUCCAUAAUUCAGAAUUUACUGUGAAUCAUAGAUUUGUGCGAGUCGUGCUGGAGUAAUGAUUUUAAUAAUAUUUUACCGAAGAGGCUUGAUUUUCGGCACCUCUAAAUGAGCUGUCUUGAAGAAAUAAUGAAAGCAAUGUGGAUUGGAGGUUUUGUUUUGUAGCCUUUAUACUGAACAUGUGCACUCGACUCUGUGAUGAUAGCGAUGUAUACUUUUAUUAAUAAAUAAACCUAUAUUUAUCAGGUCCAGCAUUAGUUUAAUCAGUGUAAAAUUGAAUUAAAGUCUCAUUCUUCACAAUCGAAUGAAGAAUGAAGAAAAUAAAGAAAUUCUAUACAGAAAUACUGUAUAGUAAGAAGUCAUUUAGUGUAUUUCAUGUUUUUUCCGUUCAUUUUCUCAAAAAACAAAACAAAAACAAAAUGGUGGUAUGUAUGAAAAGAUGCCAAGAAUAUCCGUUCUACUUUCACUUGUGAAAUAGUUUAAUGUUCCAUAAAUGUUAAAUUCUAAUUAUGUCUUGUAUCCCAGCUCUAAUGAAUGGAAAUGAAUGUUCAGUACAUCACUUUCAGGUAUAAUGUUAAAUCUAUAUUGUUUAACAGGAUCAGUGCUACUGGUUUAGAUGUCUCUGUUUAAUAAAGAUUUCUUUCAUUACUUUUAAUCACUUUUAAUUGCUUUUUGUCAAGUUUUAUAUUUUUUCAGUCCCUUGAAGACAAAUGAACAUGCAAGGACAUUAAAUCUGUGUUUUAUAAUGCUUUA